AUGUUUCUACGAACACGCGCUUUGUGCUACACAGUGCAUACCCCACGCGGAAUCAACUUCGACCUCUCCGCCGACGACGCAAUCUGUCGCAUCCAAGACAAGUAUGGACGCCGUUGGUUCGGUGCGCAGCUCGACUAUCUCCGGCUGGACACCCCAUCGAAGGAGUUCCUGCCUUUUUACCUCUGCAGCGGUCGCAUCCACGCCUCGUUCGUCGGAAAUGUAAGUUACAGCGUCAACACGACCUCCGGUGAUGGCAGCAGUAAGCGCUCCUCCACCCGUUACGUGAGCACGUCCUUGCAGACCCUUGACAGCGUCUUCGAAGAGAACAAGACGCAGAUCUACGCCGGCUACAAGUACAAUAUCGCCCAUGUUCAUCACGCACUGCGCGGUGACCAGCUGAGCUACUCGUUGCGCAAGAUGUACGAGGUGGACACUACUGGGGCUACCAUCAACCUCUUCGAGCAGUCCACCACGACGAUGAUGAAGUUUGUAGAGAUGGAGGUGCGGCAGCAGGCAGAGGAGACGGCUCGCUCUCUCGUCCGGUCCUUCCAUCCCUCUGCUGACUCCGUCGCGGUGGAGUUUAAGGAGUUCUCGUUUCACCUUGAUGAGGUUACUCCUACGUUCGUGCCAUGCUUCGUCGUCAAGGCGGAGUACGAUGUGGAGCGCUACACGCUCUACGUGUCGGGCCUCAACGGUCAGGUCGGCGGUCCGUAUCUUCUCAAUUCCCUGUACAUAGCCCGCACCACUGCCCUCGCCACCCUGGCUGGCGUGAUGCUCCUUGUGCCAAACAAGGUUGCAGGCUUCCUCUUCGGCUCCGUGGCGUGUGUGGCUACGUACUACGCGGCCUUCUUCGCUGCUCGCUGGUUCCCGGCGAUAAGGCGCAACUGGAACCGCCGGCACCGGGAGCGGCUGCGCCGCGAGAACCUCGGGAUCGAUCAAGGUGGGUACCGGCCCAACACCUCCUCCCAACGCAUCCAGCAGGAGUACCAUUCCUCUACCUACUGGGAUACCCACGCCUAUCAGCAGCGGCGCCACAGCGACUGGGAGGGACCACGAUCAGCCUCGUCGUCGUCAUCCUCGACGCAAUCGGUGUCCGAUCCGCUGGGGUACUACCGCGCGUUGGGGCUUCAUGGGGAUGAGUCAGUCAACGAAAUCCGCAGCGCGUAUCGGCAGAUCGUGCUGAAGCAGCACCCCGACGUUGGGGGCUCCAAUGAAGCGAUGGUGAAGGCGAACGAGGCCUAUCGUGUCCUUCGAGAUCCAAAGCGGCGAGCGGCGUACGACCAGAGCUAG